ACGAUAAGACAGCUUCUACCCCGCUGUUAUCAGACUAUUGAACGGUCCCCCAGUACGAUAAGACAGCUUCUACCCCGCUGUUAUCAGACUAUUGAACGGUCCCCCAGUACGAUAAGACAGCUUCUACCCCGCUGUUAUCAGACUAUUGAACGGUCCCCCAGUACGAUAAGACAGCUUCUUCCCCGCUGUUAUCAGACUAUUGAACGGUCCCCCAGUACGAUAAGACAGCUUCUACCCCGCUGUUUUCAGACUAUUGAACGGUCCCCAGUACGAUAAGACAGCUUCUACCCCGUUGUUAAUCAGACUAUUGAACGGUCCCCAGUACGAUAAGACAGCUUCUACCCCGCUGUUAUCAGACUAUUGAACGGUCCCCCAGUACGAUAAGACAGCUUCUACCCCGCUGUUAUCAGACUAUUGAAUGGUCCCUCAGUACAAUAAGACAGCUUCUACCCCCGUUAUCGGACUAUUGAACGGUCCCCCAGUACGAUAAGACAGCUUCUACCCCAGUGUUAUCAGACUAUUGAACGAUAAGAUGGACUCCUGACCUCACGAUCUACCUCGUUGUGACACUUGCACCUUGUUGUCUGCCUGCACUGCCCUUUCUCUGAAACUGUAACACUUUAUUCUGCACUCCAUGGUGCUCCCUUGUUCUACUUCGAUGCUGUUGGACAUGGAGAGCUGAAUGGUGUGCAGAAGAAAGCAGUCCCCUGUGGUAAUAGAUGAUCUUGCUGUGCAGAGUCACAUCUGUGUCAGUGUUAACAUGCAGUGUAACUUGACUGACUGCAUCCAGUUGUCAUAAAUGAUUUACAAUGUGUGUUUUGUGUGAGCUAUUGUUCCAUUGUUUAAAAAGGGUUCUAAGAGUAAAUCUAGUGAUUAUAGGCCUGUCAGUUUGACGUCAGUGGUGGAAAAAUUAAUGGAAAGUAUUCUUAGAGAUGAUAUAUAUAAUUAUCUGGAUAGACAGGGUCUGAUUAGGAACAGUCAGCAUGGAUUUGUGCAUGGAAGGUCAUGUUUGACAAAUUUUAUUGAAUUUUUUGAAGAGGUUACGAGGAAAGUUGACGAGGGUAAAGCUGUGGAUGUUGUCUAUAUGGACUUCAGUAAGGUCUUUGACAAGGUUCCACACGGAAGGUUAGUUAGGAAGGUUCAAUCGUUAGGUAUUAAUAUUGAAGUAGUAAAAUGGAUUCAACAGUGGCUGGUUGGGAGAUGCCAGAGAGUUACCCUUUACUCUGAUGAAGGGUUUCGGCCUGAAACGUUGUCACUACCUCCUCCCAUAGAUGCUGUCUGGCCUGCUGAGUUCUGCCAGCAUUUUGUGUUUUUAUUUAUUUCCAGCAUCUGCAGAUUCACUCAUGUUGCCAUUGAGUACAGGAGUUGGGAUGUAAUGUUAAAAUUGUACAAGGCAUUGGUAAGGUCGAAUUUGGAGUAUUGUGUACAGUUCUGGUCACCGAAUUAUAGGAAAGAUGUCAACAAAAUAGAGAGAGUACAGAGAAGAUUUACUAGAAUGUUACCUGGGUUUCAGCACCUAAGUUACAGAGAAAGAUUGAACAAGUUAGGUCUUUAUUCUUUGGAGCGUAGAGGUUGAGGGGGGGACUUGAUAGAGGUAUUUAAAAUUAUGAGGGGGAUAGAUAGAGUUGGAUAGGCUUUUUCCAUUGAGAGUAGGGGAGAUUCAAACAAGAGGACAUGAGUUGAGAGUUAGGGGGCAAAAGUUUAGGGGUAACACGAGGGGGAAUUUCUUUACUCAGAGAGUGGUAGCUGUGUGGAACGAGCUUCCAGUAGAAGUGGUAGAGGCAGGUUCAGUAUUGUCAUUUAAAGUAAAAUUGGAUAGGUAUAUGGACAGGAAAGGAAUGGAGGGUUAUGAGCUGAGUGUGGGUCAGUGGGACUAGGUGAGAGUAAGCGUUCGUCACGGAGUAGAAUGGCCAAGAUGGCCUGUUCCCAUACUGUAGUUGUUAUAUAAAACUCUGAUCUCAGACCUCUGCUGCCUUGUGGCUGCGCCCAGUCAUGGGGAAGCCGGAGGGAAAAUGUGGAGCAGCAGUCCCAUAGGAGCCUGUGCCAGGUUGAGCACUGCUGGUGCCAAACUGCUGUUCCUUUGGGCUCAUUGUCUAUGUGCAGAGGGCAACCUGCUCCAUAUUGUCCUGAGGGUAAUGGGAGCUGUCCUCAGCGGUGGGGAGGGCUGUGCUUAGCGUGGACAGGCGGCCCAUUGCAGUGGCCACUGCACACCAGACGGGGAUGCAGCCAGUCAGAAUGUCCUCCACAGUGUAUCACUUCUGCUACCUCGAUGACGAGUAAACCCUAAACCUCCCCUUUUUUGAAGUGCUCCAUCAGUUCCUUGGACAAGGUUCAGUGAUGCUGGAAAGAAUAGUCAAUGUUUUGGGCUGAGACCCUUCAGCGGGACUGGAUCCAGAGGGUGGUGGGUCUGUGGAGUGUCUCCAGAGGGAGGUGGGUCUGUGGAGUGUCUCCAGAGGGACGUGGGUCUGUGGAGUGUCUCCAGAGGGAGGUGGGUCUGUGGAGUGUCUCCAGAGGGUGGUGGGUCUGUGGAGUGUCUCCAGAGGGAGGUGGGUCUGUGGAGUGUCUCUGUCCAGAGGGAGGUGGGUCUGUGGAGUGUCUCCAGAGGGAGGUGGGUCUGUGGAGUGUCUCUGUCCAGAGGGAGGUGGGUCUGUGGAGUGUCUCCAGAGGGACGUGGGUCUGUGGAGUGUCUCCAGAGGGAGGUGGGUCUGUGGAGUGUCUCCAGAGGGACGUGGGUCUGUGGAGUGUCUCCAGAGGGUGGUGGGUCUGUGGAGUGUCUCCAGAGGGACGUGGGUCUGUGGAGUGUCUCCAGAGGGAGGUGGGUCUGUGGAGUGUCUCCAGAGGGUGGUGGGUCUGUGGAGUGUCUCCAGAGGGAGGUGGGUCUGUGGAGUGUCUCCAGAGGGAGGUGGGUCUGUGGAGUGUCUCCAGAGGGAGGUGGGUCUGUGGAGUGUCUCCAGAGGGACGUGGGUCUGUGGAGUGUCUCCAGAGGGAGGUGGGUCUGUGGAGUGUCUCCAGAGGGAGGUGGGUCUGUGGAGUGUCUCCAGAGGGACGUGGGUCUGUGGAGUGUCUCCAGAGGGACGUGGGUCUGUGGAGUGUCUCCAGAGGGUGGUGGGUCUGUGGAGUGUCUCCAGAGGGACGUGGGUCUGUGGAGUGUCUCCAGAGGGAGGUGGGUCUGUGGAGUGUCUCUGUCCAGAGGGAGGUGGGUCUGUGGAGUGUCUCUGUCCAGAGAGAGGUGGGUCUGUGGAGUGUCUCCAGAGGGAGGUGGGUCUGUGGAGUGUCUCCAGAGGGAGGUGGGUCUGUGGAGUGUCUCUGUCCAGAGGGAGGUGGGUCUGUGGAGUGUCUCUGUCCAGAGGGUGGUGGGUCUGUGGAGUGUCUCUGUCCAGAGGGAGGUGGGUCUGUGGAGUGUCUCUGUCCAGAGGGUGGUGGGUCUGUGGAGUGUCUCUGUCCAGAGGGAGGUGGGUCUGUGGAGUGUCUCCAGAGGGAGGUGGGUCUGUGGAGUGUCUCUGUCCAGAGGGAGGUGGGUCUGUGGAGUGUCUCUGUCCAGAGGGUGGUGGGUCUGUGGAGUGUCUCUGUCCAGAGGGAAGUGGGUCUGUGGAGUGUCUCCAUAGGGAGGUGGGUCUGUGGAGUGUCUCUGUCCAGAGGGUGGUGGAUCUGUGGAGUGUCUCCAGAGGGUGGUGGGACUGUGGAGUGUCUCUGUCCAGAGGGAGGUGAGUCUGUGGAGUGUCUCCAGAGGGAGGUGGGACUGUGGAGUGUCUCUGUCCAGAGGGUGGUGGGUCUGUGGAGUGUCUCCAGAGGGAGGUGGGUCUGUGGAGUGUCUCCAGAGGGAGGUGGGUCUGUGGAGUGUCUCUGUCCAGAGGGAGGUGGGUCUGUGGAGUGUCUCUGUCCAGAGGGAGGUGGGUCUGUGGAGUGUCUCCAGAGGGAGGUGGGUCUGUGGAGUGUCUCUGUCCAGAGGGUGGUGGGUCUGUGGAGUGUCUCCAGAGGGAGGGGGGUCUGUGGAGUGUCUCUGUCCAGAGGGUGGUGGGUCUGUGGAGUGUCUCCAGAGGGAGGUGGGUCUGUGGAGUGUCUCUGUCCAGAGGGUGGUGGGUCUGUGGAGUGUCUCCAGAGGGAGGUGGGUCUGUGGAGUGUCUCCAGAGGGAGGUGGGUCUGUGGAGUGUCUCUGUCCAGAGGGAGGUGGGUCUGUGGAGUGUCUCUGUCCAGAGGGAGGUGUGUCUGUGGAGUGUCUCCAGAGGGACGUGGGUCUGUGGAGUGUCUCUGUCCAGAGGGAGGUGGGUCUGUGGAGUGUCUCUGUCCAGAGGGUGGUGGGUCUGUGGAGUGUCUCUGUCCAGAGGGUGGUGGGACUGUGGAGUGUCUCUGUCCAGAGGGUGGUGGGUCUGUGGAGUGUCUCUGUCCAGAGGGAAGUGGGUCUGUGGAGUGUCUCCAUAGGGAGGUGGGUCUGUGGAGUGUCUCUGUCCAGAGGGAGGUGGGUCUGUGGAGUGUCUCCAGAGGGAGGUGGGUCUGUGGAGUGUCUCUGUCCAGAGGGAGGUGUGUCUGUGGAGUGUCUCCAGAGGGACGUGGGUCUGUGGAGUGUCUCUGUCCAGAGGGUGGUGGGUCUGUGGAGUGUCUCCAGAGGGUGGUGGGUCUGUGGAGUGUCUCUGUCCAGAGGGAGGUGGGUCUGUGGAGUGUCUCUGUCCAGAGGGAGGUGGGUCUGUGGAGUGUCUCCAGAGGGAGGUGGGUCUGUGGAGUGUCUCCAGAGGGAGGUGGGUCUGUGGAGUGUCUCUGUCCAGAGGGAGGUGGGUCUGUGGAGUGUCUCCAGAGGGAGGUGGGUCUGUGGAGUGUCUCUGUCCAGAGGGAGGUGGGUCUGUGGAGUGUCUCUGUCCAGAGGGAGGUGGGUCUGUGGAGUGUCUCUGUCCAGAGGGUGGUGGGUCUGUGGAGUGUCUCCAGAGGGAGGUGGGUCUGUGGAGUGUCUCUGUCCAGAGGGAGGUGGGUCUGUGGAGUGUCUCCAGAGGGACGUGGGUCUGUGGAGUGUCUCUGUCCAGAGGGAGGUGGGUCUGUGGAGUGUCUCUGUCCAGAGGGAGGUGGGUCUGUGGAGUGUCUCUGUCCAGAGGGAGGUGGGUCUGUGGAGUGUCUCCAGAGGGAGGUGGGUCUGUGGAGUGUCUCUGUCCAGAGGGAGGUGGGUCUGUGGAGUGUCUCCAGAGGGAGGUGGGUCUGUGGAGUGUCUCUGUCCAGAGGGUGGUGGGUCUGUGGACUAUCUCCAGCUGGACAUGGGUCUGUGGAGUGUCUCUGUCCAGAUGGUGGUGGGUCUGUGGACUAUCUCCAGCGGGUCGGGUGUGGAUUUACAGAAUUCAUUGCCACUGACAGGAGAUUUGGUGAAUUUAAGACAGAGUGGUAUGCUCCUGAUUGGUUUGGGAGGGGGGAGGUGAAAAUUCAGCCCAGAUUGAAUGGAGGAGUAGAUAAUGGUGGCUGGCUCAGUGAGCAGACAGCCCAGCCUGGGUGAUGGGUAUUGCUGAUGAUGAGUGCUUUUGUCUACGACAGUGCUUCAGGUAGAUGUCCUCAAUAGUUGGGGGAUUUUACCUCUGACUACACUGCCUUUUGUACGAUUUUCCCUUUAAAGGCACUGGUGAUUCCAUAGCAGUCCAUGAUACAGCCAUCCCCAUCCCUUCUCACUAACUCUCUUUCACCGC